UAGAGGAGGAGGAGGAAGAGGAAAUGGCCGAAGGGUCUAAGAGCCCCUGGGGUCAGCUGCUAGGCAGGCCCCGCCGAACCAGUGAUGUCACAGUGGAGGCCGGCGAGGUCACAGUGCCAAGCCCACGGCAAAGAAAGACUGCCUGAGCCCCCCCCCCAGCCCAGACCUUAGGAGAAGCGAGGAGGAGACAGGUCUCGGAUACACUCGGGUCCCCGAAUUGGUCGGUUUUCGCUCCGCGUUGGGCCGAAAGCCGGACAUGGGGUCAAGGACCGGGGGGAAAACCCUGACCUGUACACUGAAGACCCACAGCGUGAACUCCGUUCUGUCGGAGAGGGCUCUCAAGCCCGAAAACCUCUACUUCAAGAGCCCAGUGUCGUCAGAAGAUUCCCUCCCCGGCUUCCGCUAUAUCUGGCACAAACAGGGAAUGGAAGGGGAGGUGAUGCACAUCAAGACCCGAGUCAGCAACAUGAUCAGCCGCUUUCAAGAAGAGACAGGCUUCGAUCUGAGCAUCCCAGAGACCCCCGAGGGGAAGACCAAACUGAAGCUGUGCAAGACGCACUUCCUGGAGAAGCUCAACUUCUUCACCACCUCAGCCCGGAAGAAGGAAAGACUGUUGGAAGACAUCUUCACCUGGAUAAACAGUUGGGGGUUCGUCUUUUCGGAAGAGCUGCCCAGAAAGGACAGGCACGUGCAGAAGGACGAGUGGGCAGAUAUCAUAGCGCAGAUGCUCCCGCUGGUGUUGAUAACCAAGGACGGAGGAGUCCGCUCCCUGGUGACCCUCUGCUCCCACCUCAUUGGAGAGAAGAAAUGCAGCCAGAAGAGGGCAAGAACCAAAGGCAUGCUGUGGAAACAGUGGCGGGAGAGGGGCCCGGCGAUGAAGCCCCCUACCACCAGAGAGAUGCUGCACGACCCCACCGCCGUUGCCUCGAGCGUGCAGGAGAUCCGGGCCAUGCUGACCGAGCUGCUGGGCUCCUCCUGGUUUAACAAGUCUGAAAUGGACAUCAUCAGGCACAUGAAUGAGAUGGUGGAGAACCUGGGGGAGGCGCUGGCCAUCCAGAAGCAGGAGAACAAGACCCUCAAGUGCCAGCGUGACUACCUGCACGCCCAACUGGAAGGUUUAACCCGGCAAGGGGCGCCCAAGGUGACCGAAGUGAGCAAGCUGAUCCCCCGCUUGCCCAGGAGGGUCUUCCCCGUGCCGCUGGCCCGGAGAUCCACCGGGGAGGCCCGCCCCCUCCACGCAGGCGUGGUCAACAUCGAACUGGCCCCCGAUGCGGUGGGGGCGUGGAAGAAGCCCAGAGCGGGCGCCCGGCCUGUCGGCGAGGUGCCGCUCCCCGGACUGGGACCCGCUGACCUGGAGCCGGGCCCCAAGGGGCAGCCCGGGGCCAGAAAGCAGCCCAAGAAGCUGGGGGCCGGCUUCAGGCUGCUCGGCCUGCAUUCCAGACGGAGGGUGCCCCUCGAGGGGGAAGAGGGGACCCUGCGGGGGGAGGUGCCGGAGGCCCAACUGCAGGAGGCGAACCCGCGGGAAUACAAGGCAAGGCUGGACGAGAGGCAGCCGGAAGCACUGGAGGAAAGCAACCUCGGCCCGACUGAGGUCUUGGCUUCCACUUCCUCGGUCACCUCUGGGAGGCGCGGCCGGCAGAGGGGGCCCUCCGACGGGCCCCGGAUCACCAUCCGGAACAGCCACUUCAUUCCCUCCGUCAUUAGGGGGUCCAUCUUGGAAGACGACCCCCCAAAUUCCCCGGAAAGCCCUCCUCCCGACCAGUCCGAUACCGGAUGACUCUUCUCCCAGCCCGACGGCGGCAGCAAGGCCGGCGCCCGGCUUUCGGCCCAAACCACCGGCCCCGUCUCCACCGUCCCGCCCCGGGCCCGGUCCCGCUCCUCCCGGCCACCGGCCGGUGGGGAGGCCGCUGCCGAGCGGCAGGCCGUGGACUGUCUGCGGCCAUCCGGUACCCAGUCCUGUGUGACCCCGUCCGCGGUCUGUUGGAAUCGGUGACCCGGUGGGAGGACUAGUUCCCCCAGUGACCAGUUGGCCCGAGAGCCCUAGGUGGGCUCCUGUCUAGCUCCAAGGAGGAAGCCUCAGCCCAGAGACCCUCGCUGCCCCUGGCAGGUCCUGUGGGAAAAAAAGCACAGGGGAUCUCAGCCUCCCCGAGGACCAACCUACGCCGCGAGACCCUGUCCACUUCCCGGAGCAAAAGAGGAAGGGACCAAGCCGUCUAGUGUGGCCAACCGGUACCCGGGCCUCCACCUCGCUCACAGCCGGCUCCUCGGGGCAGGCAGGGCAGUGGCUCCGGUCCAGUCGCCCUGGCCGCCGUUGCCCACGUCGCAGCCUCAGCGGCCCACUGGCAGGGAGUUGGGCCCGCUGGGCUGUUCCCGCUCCUUACCCGAGGAACCGAGGGGAAGCUCCUUGGCCGAUAAACCAGGCCUGUGGGACCUGGGCUAGAGAAUCGCGCCUCCGGCAGGCCUCUCUUUAUAAAGGCUGAACCGGGUGAGGGAAUGGGGAAGGGAACCGAACCCAAAUCCUAAACCAGAAGCUGGGUCUGAGCUUUCACCGGUCAAAUCUAGGUGGGGCUUGCCUUCGACCCCGCGGAAGUUGGCUUGAGGCCGAGGAAGGCCAAACGGAAGGAAGCCCAACGGUGUGAACUGCCUGGGUCAAAGGACUCAAAACGGUUGCCUCCGGCAGGCCUGCUGGGCACAGGGGGGCUGCUGGGCCACCCCCAGCCACCAUCUGGACCAGCAGUCUCCUACUCAUCCUGAUAAAGGAGCCCCUCUUAGAGGUUGACUCCCUCACCCCCUGCCGAACUCCUCAGAGAACCCUCCUGAAGCCUACCCGCCCCCAAACGGAUGACUUUCCUCCCAGUCCGACAGCAGCAGCAGCAAGCCCGGCCCCUGCUUUCAGCCCAAACCACCAGCCUGAUCACCCGUCCUGUCGCCGGCCUGAAAAUUCAAAGUUUUUAUCUGCUUCUCCUGGGGAAAAUGGCUUUCUCGUUUCGGUCGGCCACGGAACGCCCCCUGAAGACGCAUGAUCCCAAGAGCCGAGAAAACGCGGCUUUUUAAAUGGGGGUCCUGGUUGGGCUGACAGUGCCUUGGGCUCUCGGGCCCCUUCCUUCCUCUGUACCCAAGCCCAUCAGCUGGCCCCUAAGUGCCCCAAAGCCACUCCAGAAGCGGGCACCUCCACCCCCAUUUCCUAGAGGCAGCACCAAGAGGCCACUGCCCACUACGACCGGGCACGCGCCAGGCCGGGGGCCUCCGCGCCACGACUCCAGAGUUCCACCCCUCCGGGCUUCUCCGGACCAUGCCGGCCCCCGAGACCUCAGCAUCGGUUUGGGUGGCGGAAGACCAGCAGAUCGCUUCUGUUCUGCCACGGAUUCUCUCCAGGUUGGGGAGCCACUAGGAGCCCCAGGUUGCUCUCUGCUCUACGUUCCGGCCAGGGGUCGGCGGCCGACCCCCGACGUCGCAUCCGACUUCUCGCACGGCUGCGCUCAUCAGCAGUACCUGUAAACCGGACUAACAUCAGACGGCAAGACCCCAGCAUGCUCCCAAAACACAGACAGCUAGGCCGCACUGAAGCAAUGCAGAAAACCUUACGGCUCGGGACAGGUGAGAGGGACGACAGCAGACAGCCACAGCAGGGAGGCAGCAUGCAGGUGCUAAAUCAUGCUAGGAUUCCACACAUCUUAAAUUUCUAUUCUGCUCUCCCCGUCCUCCUCGAUCUGCAACCAGCAACCCCGGUACCAAAUCUUCAACUUCCGAGAUUCGGUACACAGUUCUGCUCACGCUACAGUGCCGUCCAAACUGGAUCCAGGCAAAAGGAAGGCGGUGAGAAAGCCAACGCCCAUUUUGAUGCGUCCUCCCACCGGGCCGACCCAGAAGGGCGUCCCUGCCUCCAGCCUCUCCCCAGCCUCCUAUCUACAUUACGGGCCGCACAUAUAUCGUCAUCUCAAAGCAUCACUCAGCCCACAUCUCCCUUCAAGACUCCACUGGCUUCCCGGGCCUCUCCGCCUCAAACUCUUCACCGCGGCCUGAAGACCCUCCACGGUUUGGCCCCCAUUUAGAGCGUGAGCCCCAGGGACCCCGGAAGGAAGUGUAGAAGCUGUUCCAAGAAGCUAUGCCAAGGAACUGCCUACCCACUGCCAACCUCUGAUGGCAGUACUACUGCGCCGCCGCUCCAGCGGAGACCGGGAACUGCUUCCUGCCGGCUGGUAGUAACGAGACAAAAACAGAUUCGGAGGAGACCGAAACCUCCCGCUCAGCUGACCUGAAUUGAGAAGAGAAAUUAGGUCCCGAGGGAAGAGAACCCUCACAUCUCAAAUUGCUAUUUCCCUAGGACCUGCCCGGAAUAGCUUGUUUUACUUUGGAAAAGUACAGGCUUGCUUUCCCUUUGUUCAGUUUCCCCUUUCAUUAUCUCCAGAUUUGUCAUCGGGAGCGAAUCCCCAGAUCCCCAGCACUCCGUGGUUCCUUCCAUAUUCUGUAAACCUCGGCUAAAAAUACUCGGUGGGGCGGCCGCGGGCCUUCCUCUGCGCCCCGGCCCACCCGACAGGGUCGGGGUGGCUUCUAAACCUCGGAAAAAUUCACAGCAGUAAGAUGGGACCACUUAUCCCCCCCCCCCCCCCCCGCCACUAUGAUGCGUUAUCACUGUCCAUUUUUAUCAGCCGCAUCUCGCCGAAGCGAUUCAGCGGAUCUUCUAGCGAGAAAAGAAAACGGUCGCGUUGGGGAACUUUUUAAUGGGAGGUCUGAACGCUUUCCGGAUCUUCGUUUGCCAGUCUCCUUCCCGGCCAGUGUCCACCAGCUCCCGUACGCCCACUUCACGGAAUGGAUUUUUGAGCAGCUGUUUUAGCCGGGACCGUUUUCUGAAACGACGUCACAAGCUGUACAAAAAAAAUAAUCACCAUACCUUCAUUCGCGCAUCUCCCCAAGCUCUGUAAAUCUACAUAUAAACCUGAAAAGCUA